GGUGAUGUGAACCAAACAUUUACUGACGCCAAGGCUCUUCAUAUUUCAUCCAGAGGAGCGCAUGGAUCCGGGGCCAGCCACACUGUCCUGGAUGCUGCACACACUAAGACAGGAGGCUGUAGCUGCCGCAUCCCUCCAUUUGAACAUAUCGUAUUAUAAUAACACUGACAGCUUGAACUAAAAGGACAAAGGAAGAGCCCAGGAGCUGUUGUCUGGUGUAGACAGUAGGGUGGAGAUGGAGCGGUGGAAAGGCAGAGUGGCCCUGGUGACCGGAGCCUCGGUGGGGAUCGGAGCGGCUGUAGCCCGGGCACUGGUCCAGCAGGGCAUGAGGGUUGUCGGCUGCGCCAGGAAUGUCGACAAAAUAGAGAAGCUGGCAGCAGAAUGUCAGAGUGCCGGCUACAGUGGCACACUGAUCCCUUACAAGUGUGACCUGUCCAACGAGGAGGAGAUCCUGUCCAUGUUCUCAGCGAUCAAGACGCUACACAAGGGCGUGGACGUAUGCAUCAACAACGCUGGACUGGCCCACAACGAGCCGCUGCUCAGCGGGAAGACAGAGGGCUGGAGGAACAUGAUCGACGUGAAUGUCUUAGCCCUGGCUAUCUGCACCCGUGAGGCAUACAAGUCAAUGAAGGAGAGGAAUGUGGACGACGGCCACAUCAUCAAUAUUAACAGUAUGGGUGGGCACAGAAUGGUGCCGAGUGCUGAUGAGCAUUUCUACUGUGCCACUAAAUACGCCGUGACUGCUCUGACCGAGGGGAUCCGGCAAGAGCUGCGAGAAGCAAACACCCACAUCAGAGCCACAUGUAUAUCUCCUGGAAUAGUAGAGACUGAGUUUGCCUUCCGGCACCACAACAGUGACCCAGAGAAGGCAGCUGCAGUGUAUGAGAGUAUGAAAUGUUUGAAAGCAGAAGACAUAGCCAGUGCAGUCACAUUUGUCCUCAGUGCCCCUCCUCAUGUCCAGAUUGGAGACGUGCAGAUGAGGCCAGUAGAGCAGGUGUCAUAGCAGUGAGACAGGAAGCUGCAGGAGGAGCAGACAGACAGCAACCAUGGUGACUCCGUAGCGACCUCUGCUGGGCAAGGGAGGGAGGGGGUGGGGGGGUAAAACAAAUCAACUACAGCUGUGUUGGAUCUGCAGGGACGGACGUGGUCACAGUGGGCUGGAGCCUUGAAGAGGCUGUGCGAGGAAAUGAAGGGCGUGGACUUUGUAAACCACUACAAAAAUACUACUGAACGCAGCAACCUGGUAUUUGUGAAUUGUCGAGCCCGGUCCUGAACUGAGCUGACUCCAAACUACAGUAGGAACAAACGACAAAGGAGAGAGCUGCUGCUGUGCUAUGUGGUCAUCUGCACGACCAUCACUUCAGAGGGAAGAGUAUGCCAUUGAUUGCACAUGUUUGUUUGUUUUUUUUGUUGUUUUUUUUGUAGAUCAUAUGACAUAUCUUUUUCAAAUUAAAUGGAGAGAGUAAUUGCUGUUUAUAAGAAUGACUCUUUUUUUUUUUGGUUCAAUUUUUUUUAUAAAUAUUUUAACUUUUGAUCAUAUAUAGAUGUGGUCUCAUACUCCUAAUAAUCAUAGCCAAUACUAUGUCUGACUCACUGAAACUAACCAUCAAACAGUCUGUCCAUCCUGCCACCUUAACUCACCGUAUGUUUUCACAUUCAGUCAGUUACUCUUGUUUAGAUCCAUCCAGGUUUCAACCCCAUAUAAGGAAUCUGGAAACAUGGAUUUCCACCUUUCUGCCUGUGUAAUUUCAGUCAUUCCUGCACUUUGGAUUCAUUUAUGAGGAAUUAUAAGAAGGAAACACUGGCAAUUUAUGUAGGGGAAGAAACUUAAUCCAUGUCAUGUAUACCCUAGAUAUAUGUACCUUUCCAUGAAAUUUCUCCUUCAAUGAAUAAAUAAAAACAAUUGCCCAGAA